UGAUGAAUGCGCAUUUAUUACGUCAGUGGAUACGAUUUCCAAUGACACCAUUAGACAGAGCUGCAACACGGAACAAAUUUGCACGAACGUUUCCGGGUGCUAUUGGUGCUAUAGAUUGCACGUACAUAAAUAUUAUUACACCACGUAUACACGAGGAGGCAUACGUAAAUCAUCACGGCAAUCACUCAUUAAAUGUACAAGCUAUAGUCGAUCCAGACUUGAAAAUAUUAAAUAUCAACGCACGAUAUCCAGGAGCGAGGAAUGAUGCUUUUAUAUGGAAUUCUUCUCCAAUUAAACAUGUAAUGGAACACUUCUAUAAUCAUGGUGAAAGAAGAACGUAUUUGAUUGGAGAUGCAGGAUAUCCCUUGGAACCUUGGCUCAUGACACCGUUACCUUACUAUCCACAGAGGAGUCGGCAGUACCAUUAUAAUGAAAAAUUAUGUAAAGCACGAUGUAUUGUAGAAAGAUUUUUCGGAGUCCUUAAGGGAACUUGGCGAUGUUUAUCAUACCAACGCGUAUUAAUGUACGCUCCAGAUAUUGCUGGCCAAAUAGUAAAUGCAUGUGCAAUAUUGCACAAUAUGCGUCUGUAUUAUCGGUUACCCUUGGACAUGGAAGAAAAUGUGUUCCUCGAUAACGCACCUGCAGAUCACAUCCAUGUAGAAGAAGAAGAAGAAGUAGAAAUUCGCAGAGGGCCUAGAGCUGUAGCACAGCGGAUACAAAAACAACUUAUGCAAGAGUGGUUUCCCAAUUAUGUAUGUGCAUGGGAUAAUGAAUAGGAAUUUAGUAAAAUUUCUUAAGGAUGUAUUGUAAAGAAAACUUUAUAAUUAUGGAAUAAGGACAAAUCGUCAAUUACAUUAUACACUAAGAAUGGUCAUAAAUAAGGAAUUUAAGUGAAAGAAUAAAACGUAUAACAGUAAUUUUGAA